GUAGUUGUUUGUCAAAAGUCUAUCUCUAGAGCUCGGUCACUCUGACAACCGGAGAAAAAUUUAGUUUCAGCAUUUUGUGUGAGACGCAUUUUACAUACAUAUAAAUAUAUAUAUAUCUGUAAUUGUGUAGAAAGAAUUUACGAGAAAAUUAACGAAAUUUGAAAAAAUGGCUGCGCCAAUGCAACAUGAAGAUUUGCUUAAGCUGAAAGGCUUUAUUGAUUUUGUCAAUGCAAAUCCUACUGUAUUGAAUAUGCCUCAAUUGCAAUUUGUAAAAGAUUUUGUGGAGAAGUUCGGCGGUAAGGUGCCUGAGGGCGAUUUCAAGAUGCCGGACGCUGGCAAAUGCCCUUUCGGUGGCGAUACCGGCCCCAAAGCAAAGCCGGCUUUCACGGCUGCGGACGAUUCAGACAAAAGUGAUGAAGACGCAAGCGUUUCGGAGCCAGAGUCCGAUGUCGAAUUAGAUAUGGAGGGUGUUAUUGAAGCCGACAACGAACCAGCUCAGCCAAUGGGUGAUUCAGAAAAAGUGCCCACUGAGGAGGAAAUCGAUCAGGCCAGCGAAUUGCGUGGUCAGGCCGCUGCUGCUUACAGCCAACAGAAAUUCGACGAGGCCAUCAAUCACUAUACUAAGGCCAUUGAGUUGAAUCCGGGCAAUGCCUUAUUCUAUGCCAAGCGCGGCCAGGCCUUCUUGAAGCUUAAAAAGCCGAAUGCAUGCAUUCGCGACUGCGACAAGGCUUUGGAAUUGAACUGCGACUCGGCUGCUGCCUACAAGUUCCGUGGACGCGCCAAUCGUCUGCUUGGAAAGUUUGAGGAGGCCGCCAAGGAUUUGCGUCAGGCUUGCAAGCUGGACUUUGAUGAGGAGGCCGACGAGUGGUUGCGCGAGGUGACACCAAAUGCCAAGAAAAUCGAGCAGCAUCGCAUCAAGCAAGAGCGCAAGCAGGCUGAGCGCAAGAUUAAAGAGCGUCAGCGUGCUCAAAACAAGGCUCGCAAGGAGCAGGCCAAGCAAAGCAGUGCAGGAGCUGGCUUUCCGGGAGCCGGUGGCUUUCCAGGUGCUGGCGGUUUUCCAGGCGCUGGUGGCUUCCCAGGCGCUGGUGGCUUCCCAGGCGCUGGCGGCAUGCCCGCCGGCUUUGAUAUGGACGACUUGAUGUCAAAAAUGAAGGACCCAGAAGUGGCAGCUGCCAUGCAAGACAUACUGGCCAAUCCGGCUAAUAUUUCCAAAUACGUGUCUAAUCCGAAAAUCUUCAACUUAAUGAAGAACUUUUUCCCGCGCGGCUUCCCUGGCGCCGGCGCCGGUUUCCCAGCUGGCAAUGCUGAUGCCGACAAUUCCGCCUCGGAGGCUAAGCGCUCCAACAACAGUGAACCAAAGCCCAAAAAGGAAUCACCUGACUUCGUGGACGAUGGGCUCGAUUAAAGAUUACUUAGUUGGCAAUAACGCAGCAGCAGCAAUUAAUUAAUACAAACAAAAUUACCAAAAAGCAAGCGAAUUGAAAAAGAAAACAAAUAACACACACUGACACACACGCAUACUUAUGAGUUAGAGCGAGAUAACAACACGCGCUGUUAGGUAGCGAUAGGAAGAAGUCUAGAAUAUUUAAUCUUUACCUUAAUAAUUAAUACAGUUUAGACACCUAAGCGUUGCUGCUGCUGCAUCAAAAAAGAAGAGAAAGAAAACGAGCAAGAAGAGAAAAUGUUUCCUUAUAACUUUAACAUAAAUUUAUCGAUGAUAUCUAGUUGAACUAAAGCUCGAUAAGAGAAAAAACAACACAAGAAAAAUAAAUGAACACAUUUAAAUUAACAGCAACAAUAUAAACACAUACGCAAAGACACACACAUACACACACACAAACAUGUACACAUAAUCGAAGCAUACACAUUAAAAAAUUAGCCUUAAUUCUAACCCAAUGCUGAAGA